GCGGGCGGUGUGUGCCGGGGCACGGCGGCGGCAGCCCAAAGCAAUCGAGGCCGGAGCAUGCGGCGGCGCCUGGUGCACCUGGACCUGAAGGGCGCCGCGCCCCGCGCGCCGUACCUGGAACAGGUGCUGCCGCUGUUCCGUGCCCUGGGUGCCACCGGGCUGCUGCUGGAAUAUGAGGACACCUUCCCAUACACGGGGCCUCUGGAGCCGCUGCGGGCUCCGCACGCCUACAGCCCCGCGGAGCUGCGGGCUGUGCUGAGCCGGGCGCGGGCGCAGGGCCUGGACGUGGUGCCGCUGGUGCAGAGCUUCGGGCACAUGGAGUUUGUGCUGAAGCACAGGGAGUUCGCCCAUCUGCGGGAGGUGCCGGCGCUGCCCAACGCCCUGAACCCACACAAGGAGGAGUCUCUGGCGCUGGUCAAGGCCAUGAUUGACCAGGUCAUGGCCCUGCACGAGGGCCUGGAAUGGCUCCACAUCGGAUGUGAUGAGGUCUACUACCUCGGUGAGGGAGAGGAGUCCAAGCAGUGGCUGCAGCAGCCACACAACACCCCAGAGAAGCUGUGCCUGGCCCACAUAAAGGCAGUUGCCAGUUGUGUGGCCUCAUCUUACCCCAGGGUGACUCCCAUCGUGUGGGACGACAUGCUCAGGGGCAUGAGUGAGGAAACACUGGCAGAGUCGGGGGUCCCCCAGCUGGUGCAGCCCAUGAUCUGGGACUACGCAGCCGACCUGCACGUGGAGGGCAAAGUGCAGCUCAUAGAGAAGUAUCGGAGAUGUGGCUUCUCCAAGGUGUGGUUUGCAAGUGCCUUUAAAGGAGCCACAGGAGCGAAUCAGUCCCUCACACUUAUUGGGCACCACCUGAAGAACCAGCUGGAGUGGCUGGAAGUGGCCAGCAGGACCCCCCCUGAUGUCCUUGAAGGUAUCGCCCUGACGGGCUGGCAGAGGUAUGAUCACUUCUCUGUUCUGUGUGAGCUUCUCCCAGUGGCAAUUCCAUCCCUGGCAGUGUGUCUGCAGGCACUACAGAAUGGUGGCUACUCUGAAAAGGUUAAAGAAAACGUGGAGAAGCUCCUGGGAAUGCCUAACCUGGAAAUUGAUACUUACAUGAGCACGAGUGUGGGGACCUUUCCUGGGAGCAACAUCCUCACCCUUGUGACAGAAGUGAGUUUCUACCUCAAGUCAUCAGUGGAGGAACUUCUCGAGAGGAACAGGUAUGUCACAGGCUGGUUCAGCCCCUACCACAGGAAAAGGAAGAUUAUUCACCCUGUAAUAAUGCACCUCUUCCAGCCAGAUGCAGUCAGUCUCCUCUCCAAGUGGAAUGCUGUGGUGCAGGACCUCCAAGCAGCCAUGGAGCAAGUUUUCCACCCGUGUGCCAUAGAGGAGUGGAUGGAGGAGAACGUCCACCCCAGCCUACAGAAGCUGCAGCAAGUGGUGGAUGAUUUAGAUGAAGCAAUAAAAGCACAAAAUUAGGGGCACUUCAAUUAGUCUGUCUCAUUCCAUGGGGAAACAUGGCUAGUGAAAACCAGCAACUAGUCAUGGAGCUGGGGUUUGUCACCUGGAGAGCUGAACUGUGAUUAAACAACAGUGACCCGAGGGCAAGAAGGAAUUUAUUGGUGUAAUAGACUUCAAGUCUAUUUUAAUCUUCCUGUCUUAACACACUCUGAGCCUUAAUUCACCUGCCCUGUAAGUCAGGUUUGCUGCCCUUGCAUAACAGAAGGCAGGAGCGAGUCACCACCCUGGAGAAAAACCCAGUCAAUAUUUGCAGCAACAGACUUUCUUACUUAACAGUACCUGGAGAAGUUCUCCAAGUUCUGCUCCAGUCAGUGCCCAACAUGUCCAGCCUUUGCAAUGUUCAUAAAAAGAAACAUUUAGGAUACUUACACCGUGCUUUAGGUCCUUUUGUUCUGUCCUGCCACUGCUCCGUGUGUCAGCUGUGUUGUGUCCUGCUGUUCCAUCACCAGUCCUUCCACAGCAGGAGCAGUUGGUUUGUUGCAGAUUUGGGGCUGGAUUUUUUCAGUCUUUGAAACACAUAAAAGUGUGGGGCUUAAACCCUGCUUUGAUUAGCCUGAGGUCAGGGAUUAGCAGGGCCUGGCAGGGGCUGCCAGCUCUCAGCAGAGGCACGAGGGGACCGUGCCAUCACAGAGCCAGAGGGAGCCCCAGGAACGAUGAGCUGGGACAUGGAAGGAAAAUGCCAAACACAGGGCUGCUUCCCUGGCUGCCAGAGCAUCAGCUCAGCUCAGUGAUCAGGUCCACAUGCAGGUUGUUAUCUAAAACUAAGCAAUUGUUAUGCAUACCUUAAUUACAAAAGUUACAUACCUUGAACUAAACAAGAUCUUAACUUAUUUUUCUUGAAUAAAUCCUUUGAU